AUGUUGCACUCAACCAUCGCCGUCGUCGCUGGCUGCUUCGCCAUGGCCAACGGACACAUCCUCAUGACCUCGCCUAAGCCUUUCGACUACUUCGCCGGCUCCAACAGUGGCGGCGCAAUCAACCGUCCCCUUGAGUCUAGCGGCGCUGACUUUCCUUGCCGCCGCACCGAUCAGGCUUUCAGUGGUCCUGCCAACACAUACCCCCAGGGCUCCAAGCAGAAGCUCAGCUUCCAGGGUUCGGCCGUUCACGGUGGAGGCUCGUGCCAGGUGUCGAUCACAUACGAUACCCAGCCAUCCAAGAGCAGCAAAUUCAAGGUCAUCCACACGAUCCAAGGUGGUUGCCCCGCUCGUGACACCAACGGCAACCUUGUGGGUACCGCCGAGACCCCGAACCCCAAUGCAUACGACUUCACGAUCCCCUCAGACCUCCCCGCCGGUAAGGGUACCAUCGCAUGGAGCUGGAUGAACAGAAUCGGCAACCGAGAGUUCUACAUGAACUGCGGCUCCGUCGAGAUCACCGGAGAUGGCGGCAACAAGGCUGCAUUCGAUGCUCUGCCCGAUCUUUUCGUUGCCAACAUUGCCGGCCAGGGUGAUUGCACGACCGACAGCAUGAACGACAAGGACCCUUGGAUCCCUGAUGCUGGUACGUCUGUCGAGGUCAACAAGGGCUCGUGGGGUUACGGCAACUUCACCUGCGAUGCCGCCGCCUAA